UGAAAAAUGAGAUCGAGAAGAGGCAGAAAAACGCCGCCAAGCUCUCGGAGGAGAUUUCCCAGCAGGAAACGAAACCACAGGGAGAGAAGAGCCAGCAUUCGGAUGUGAAAAGCCCCACCACCAGGUACGUGGCCCUGCUGAAAAGCUGCUCUGUGAGCUUUGCAUCGAGCGGUGGUGACCGUAGGGAAGGAAGCUCAUCAGCGAACGCUCCUCUGCUCCAGGGGAACUGUGCGGAAAGGUGACCUUCCAGCUGCCAGCGGGGCCAGAAGAGAGGCUGAGCCAUUUCUCAUGGAGGAACGGAGCUCUGAAGGAACACCUCAAGAAGCUUCAAGGUACUCAGCAAGGUUUCAGGUGGGAAAUGGGGAUAUUUUGGUGAAAACCAGCUCGUUUUGGACACAGCAGAGUAAUGCAGAGAGAUGGAGGAGCAGCAGGUUACCCCCAGUCGGGACAAACGAGUGGUUGAGCCCCGGAGGACUGAAUGCCUCGUUUGCCACUCUCUUAAUUACACGUUUUGCUGUGAUUCUUAGAAGUGCUCACAGGUGAAGCUCUCUGGCUUUGCUCCCCUCCAGCUUUGCCUUUCCUAAAAGCGCUUUUUUGCCCAGCAUGGGAACCCAAAGCCGCGUUACCUGUUGGAUGGAGACGCGCCUGGACCCACGGGCUGAACCCAAACGGGCAGAAAUGGAGGCUGAGGGAGCAACGCACAAAAUCAGGGCAACCAAACGAGUUUUCCUCACCCUGCAGGCCGAGCCUGGCUGCAAUUUGGGAUGAUGGCCCCAGGGCAGAUCCCUCGCCUUGAUGAUUUCCCAUCAGCAAAUGGGGCGGGCGGGUUGACCUCAGUCAUUAUCCCUGCCUUCAGAUUUCAGCUCUUUUUUUUGGGGUGGGGGGGUUGGCUGAACAGGUCUGGGUUGGCCUAGGAGAUAAAGCACUGCAGGCUGUGCUGGGUAAUAUCCCACAGAUCCCUUUCCUUCCAUUGUUUCUCCCCCCACCGUUUCUUUUGGAGAUGGAAGUCUGCAGAAACACCUUUCAUUUCUGGUCAUUUUGGGGGCUCAAAACACUCUUUUAUUGUCAUAUGGCACAUAUCUCCACCUUUCGUCUUUUUACUUCUUUCUUUGGGGUUUUUUACCCUCCUGAUGCCAACCCACGGCCCCACAGAACGGUUGAGGCUGGGAGGGACGGUCCCGUCCUACAACCCUCCUCCAGUGGGGCCAGCUGGAGCACAUGCAACCCAUUUAGUGCCAACCCUGUCCAAAGAUCCAAACCUUGCUUUAGAUCCAAACCUCUCCCCAUCCUUGUGGCACGGAGGCCCCCAAAACCUCCCCCUCCUCUUACACCCCGCAGCCAGCAUCACCCUGGACCCCGACACCGCUCACCCUGACCUCGUCCUCUCCGAAGACAGAAAGAGUGUGAAACGUGGGGCAGGACAGCAGGACCUCCCCGAUAACCCCGAAAGAUUCGCCUACUGGCCCUUUGUUUUGGGCCACCCAAGCUUCUCCUCCGGCCGUCACUGCUGGGAGGUGGAAGUGGGGGACGAAGGGGACUGGGCCAUCGGCGUGGCUCGAGAAUCCAUCCCACGAAAAGGUCAACUGAGCCUCUGUCCCAAAGGGGGGAUUUGGGGGGUGGAGAAAUGGGGGGGACAGAUCCGGGCUCUCACCACCCACAAGGUGACCCUGUUAGCACUGCGCUGGGUGCCCAGGAGGGUCAGCAUCCACUUGGAUUACGCCGGAGGGACGGUGGCGUUUUUUGACGCCGACGAAGGGGGGCUCAUCUUUGUUUUUUCCCACGCGUCUUUUGCUGGGGAGGGCGUCCGUCCAUGGCUGUGGGUGGUGGGGGUCAGGUCCCAGCUCAGGCUGUGCCCCUGAGACACGGACGAGGGUCACCCCACAUCCUACAGCCUCAAGGGACGGCCCCUUCCCCUCCCAUCCCAUGGGGAGAAGAUGAGAUGAGGAGCUGGGUUUUUGUGCGUCCUUCAUCCCUAUGAACCCACCGCCAUGGCAUCGCGCCGGUAUGACACUGACUGACUUGAUAUCACCAAGAAGUGCUGAGCAAGAGAAAAUCGGGGCAACAGAAGGGAAAAAGUGCUGCGCUGGGUGAUUAGAAUGUAGGAAAGAGUGGUCAGAAGGGAAAAUCCCACCCAACAGAGCGGCAGGAAGGCGGAUUUCCCCAGGGUUUGCCUGAUCAGGUACUGCUGUCCCCGACCUGAGGUGGUCAGCUUCAAAUCAAGUGGUCCACCUUCCUGAAGAUUUGGUAUUUGAAGCCUCAG